AUGUCGACAGCAUCUAGUCAGUCCCGAGGAGUCAACCGACGGAUCAACAGUAUCCAAAAUGAAGGUCGCCAUUCGCGCAACUCCUCCGUUUCACGGCGCCGACCACUCAGCGCCAACGUCGCGUGCAGCCAUGCGCUCCGCGUAGCCUACCUCGCCUAUCUCCUACACCCGCGAUCUCGUCGCACUCAGAGCGUACCCGCCGCGCCGGCGCGGCCCAAGCGAUCAAAUACCUCGAUUCAUGAUUUGAUGAGUGACUUUUCGCUGGUCAGGGAUUCUAAGAGCACACGAAUUCCUCAUGGCUUUGUGGCCGAGCUGGAGCAACGGUUGACGGGCGUUUUGAUAGGAAAAGAGAAGCGGAAGGAGUACCAGGACCAUCUGGUAGUGCGCACAUUUGCUGCCUUUCUUAAUGUGCUAAAGGAGGAUUCCUUCCGCAAGCGCAUGGAAAAGGACCGGCGGGCGGAGGACCUGGUUCUAAUUUUCUAUUCAAAUGCGAUCAAGGAGUUGAGCAAGGGCAAAGAGCAUGAUGACGAUGGCUGGAAGCUCAUGGUGGAUCGACACGUUGCGCUGUUUGUCCGAUUGCUUGCGCUGGUUCUGAAAGCACAUGAAGGGGGCAAGGACCGCCCAGAGCUGGCAAAUCGAUUGUCUGUACUGGAGAACAAGCUUCUAGUGCAGGACCAGGACUUAACGAACGCGAACAGUACGGCCUCAACCAUCGAGGUUGUCGCUCCAUUGAGCUACAACGUCAAGGACAUGCCCCUGGUGCAACAUGUGGCCAAAAUCUUCGGAAUGACGACUUCCCAAGCUCAAGCCGAGAUUGACAAACACAAGAAAACCUGGACGGCGAAAGCCGCAUUGCAGGACCUCAAGACCUACCAAACUCAUUUGAGUCUUCAAACCCACAAGACAUUGUCGAGGGAUGACUUCGAGACGGAUGACGCCUAUGAGAGCUGGAAGAAAAGCGAGGGUCCAGAACUCUCGCAGAUGAUGCUUUCCAUCAUGCAAUCCAAUCCAGAGCUGGCUAAGAGCACACCCGGCACUCUGCCUCAGCUCAGCUCGCCAGUAGAGGACGACUUGUCCAGAAUAUCCUCUGGUCGUACUGACCGAACAUCUUAUGGUAUUGACUCGCCUAUUGAUAUCAGCGGACUUUCUUUGGGUGGCUCUGAUGGCGACUCAGAGGAGUCAGAUACUUAUAUAUUCAUCCCCUCUGAUCCUCGGACUUUAUACAGGUUUAUCUUGUCACAAACCUUGGCUCAUGACUUGCGAGAACGUGAGACUGAGGGCGCCCAAGCCACGUCCGAUGCCCCAUCCACGAAAUUCCUAUCCAAGCAAUCAUCAGAAAUGCUGAAUGAAAUCUGUCUCCGCUGGCGGCUUCCGACUUUCUCUCGCGUUGUGCUGUUCUUGGAUGUGGUGCAAUCCAAGUUUGUGGAUAAUGAAAUCGACCUCAACACCCUAGACUCGGCAUUUACCUUUGCUAAAGAGUCGCCUCCUGUUGAAAAUCGAAACAAACGCAGCAGUUUCGUGGCUCCAUCUGUCUUUGACCGACGGAAAUGGACUGUGCAUGACAUCCAAACGAUGCAGCAUCUCCUUUCCAAGAUUCAUGAAGCUUUGCUACGCGAACUUUACGAUGUGAUGAUGGACUGCUUCGAGACAAAACCACGUCCACUUGGACCUGUCAUGUACGUGCUUGAGAAUCACAUCCAAAUGGAUCCACAUUAUACAGAGAAUCCUGAGGAUAUUGAUCGAUUCGGCUCAUACGUACAAGACGGUCUUGCCCAAAAAGCGACGGAAAAGUAUCAGAGACUUCUAAGCCAGUUGAUCUCCGUCAAUCAGGAAGAUUGGCGGGUCGACGAUAUCAUUCAGUUGGGUGAUGCGAUUUCAAAGCUUGCACUGAAGAUUCAAAAGCGGUACAGGAAUAACCCUGAGAUUAUGGGUGUGAACCCAUAUACAACACUUUGUCUCAAUGUGCUCCCCAUGUUUGCUGAAGAUGCGCAGGAAAUGGUCAUUCGAAUCAUCGAGCAAACCAAGGCUCGGGGUGAAGAGAUCGCUAUCGAGGAGGGCUUCGAACUCUAUAGAGCCCUUGCUACGAUCAGGCGUCUGUUCACUAGCACAAUUGCGGAUGACCCUUUCCCAUUCCAUAUUGAAAGUCUACUGGAAGAAUUCGUCUGGCGUUGGCUGCGUUUGACAGACCAGAGUGUAAUGGAAUGGGUCAAUCAAGCUACUAGACAGGACGCAUUCUCCGUUCGUGCAGAUGAAGCGACCGAGGAUGUCCCAGAGGACAAUCGGCACAGUGUCUCCGUUAUCGAUGUGUUUCGAUCCUUCAACCAAGUGGUGGAGAACCUGGUACAGCUAGAGUGGGACGAUGAUCUUCAAUAUGCGAAAUUCAUGACUGCAUUAUCUAGCUCCAUCGGGAAAGGUGUUGCGAAAUACUGUGAAUUCUUGGAGCAAAUGUUUGCCCGAGAGAUGGACCGACUCACACCAGAGCAAGAGGCAGCUUUGAACCAAACUACCCAGGAAAAGCUUAUGCAAUUCGCUAAAGACACGUGGACGAGCAAAGACAAAAUUGAGCCGUUCCAGUUCUCCUCAGAGUCGCUGGUGAAGUUGAAUAACAUCGAGUUUGCCCUUCAGCAAUUGGACGCCCUUGAACGUGAGAUCAAUGUCGAUGGUUGCGCCGAAGUCAUUGCAAAGCACAGUCCUCCCGCGCUUAAGAAGGUCCGCAAGUCAACCACUUAUGUCUUCACAAUCAAGGUUGUGGAAGCAGAAGACUUAAAAGCCUGUGAUAUGAAUGGUGCCAGCGAUCCGUAUGUGGUUCUAACGGACGAAUAUCAAAAACGGAUUGCCAAGACUCGUAUCAUUUACAACAACCUCAAUCCCCGCUGGGAAGACUCAGUGGAUAUCACAACCCAAGGCCCUUUGAACAUAAUCGCUACAAUUUGGGACUGGGAUGCAGUGGGUGAUCACGACUAUGUCGGCCGAACAUCCAUCAAGCUUGACCCAGUCCAUUUCAGUGACUUCUUGCCGAGGGAGUACUGGCUCGAUCUGGAUACUCAAGGACGACUUUUACUCCGUGUCAGCAUGGAGGGAGAGCGUGAUGAUAUCCAAUUCUACUUUGGUAAAGCCUUCCGUACCCUCAAACGAACAGAAAGGGACAUGACUCGAAGGAUUACCGAGAAGCUUUCUGCGUAUAUCAGCUAUUGUUUAUCACGUCGAACAUUGAAGUCAUUACUCUCCCGCGGCAUCAGCAUGUCGACUGUGUCGAAUUUCCUAAACCGCAACCGAGCGCCACAGACUUCGGCCGGGCCCACACCGGCUGACGUCGAGAAUGCUCUAACGCCUUUGUUUAACUACUUCAAUGAUAACUUUGCCAUCAUGAACAAAACACUGACUGGGGAGGCUAUGCGAAUGGUCAUGGCUCGUCUGUGGAAAGAGGUCCUUGCAACCAUCGAGAGCUUACUGGUUCCACCUCUAUCGGACAAGCCAUCCCAUCAGAAGCCACUCACCAUCCAAGAAGUGGACAUCGUAUCACGCUGGCUCGUGUUGCUAUUGAGUUUCUUCCACGCGGUGGAUGAAGAAACCGGAGAAGCUGGUGGUGUUCCCAUCGACAUUUUGAAGUCUCCGAAGUACCAUGAGAUCCAAAGUCUGAAUUUCUUCUACUUUGAACCUACUGAGAACUUAAUCCGCACUUCGGAGCGGAUGGCCUCGGCAACUGUGAACCGCCAACAGGCCAAUCGCAACCGUACCUCUGCCCCCGCUCACCUUGGAGCCACUGGCCCCGGCUACGGUGGAUUAGGUGUUCCCACUGCACGUCGUGCAAAGAGCAUUAUGCUUUCGCGCAACCUGGGUACCAUGAAGAAGAUGAAGGAAGAGAAGCGCCGCGAUGCCCAGGCCGAUCCGAACGACGACAUGAUCCUGCGUAUCCUUCGCAUGCGACCUGAAGCAGCCGGUUAUCUCCGUGAUCGCAGCCGUCAAAAGGAAAGAUUGGCUGCAGCUGCUGCCGCUGAUGCCAUCGUGAAGCAAAGUUUGAUGGCCGGGGUCGGCAGUCGAAUGAGUGGGACGAUCCCCCAGCGCUGA